CGGCGCCCCAGCGAAGCGGGGAUCGCGCCCCCGGGGCCGCUGAGCCUGCGCCGGUGCCCGAAGCCCCGCGCGCACAGCCGAGUCCGCGCCGAGCCGCAGACGCCCAUCCCGGGGCCCGGGCUGGGGAACCCGCAGGCUGCGUGAGGCCGGCCCGUGCCCCGGAAGCAGGAUGAGAAGAUGGCGCACCUCCUGGUACCUCGGGGCACCAGCAGCUUCCGCAGGUUCACCCGGGAGUCCCUGGCGGCCAUCGAGAAGCGCAUGGCGGAGAAGCAGGCCCGCGGCUCGGCCACCCUGCAGGAGAGCCGCGACGCGCUGCCGGAGGAGGAGGCUCCCCGGCCCCAGCUGGACCUGCAGGCCUCCAAAAAGCUGCCGGAUCUCUAUGGCAACCCGCCCCGAGAGCUCAUCGGGGAGCCCCUGGAGGACCUGGACCCCUUCUACAGCACCCAAAAGACCUUCAUCGUGCUGAACAAAGGCAAGACCAUCUUCCGCUUCAGUGCCACCAACGCCUUGUAUGUGCUCAGCCCCUUCCACCCGAUCCGGAGAGCGGCCGUGAAGAUUCUGGUGCAUUCGCUCUUCAGCAUGCUCAUCAUGUGCACCAUCCUGACCAACUGUGUGUUCAUGGCCCAGCACGACCCGCCGCCCUGGACCAAAUACGUCGAGUACACUUUCACUGCCAUUUACACCUUCGAGUCGCUGGUCAAGAUCCUCGCUCGCGGUUUCUGCCUGCAUGCGUUCACCUUCCUGCGGGACCCGUGGAACUGGCUGGACUUCAGCGUCAUUGUCAUGGCAUACACCACUGAGUUUGUGGACCUGGGCAAUGUCUCAGCCUUACGCACCUUCCGAGUCCUCCGGGCCCUGAAAACAAUAUCAGUCAUUUCAGGCCUGAAGACCAUCGUGGGGGCCCUGAUCCAGUCCGUGAAGAAGCUGGCCGACGUCAUGGUUCUCACCGUCUUCUGCCUCAGCGUCUUUGCCCUCAUCGGCCUGCAGCUCUUCAUGGGCAACCUCCGGCACAAGUGCGUGCGCAACUUCACGCUGCUCAACGACACCAACGGCUCCGUGGAGGCCAACGGCCGCAUCUGGGAGUCGCUGGACCUCUACCUCAACAGCUCAGAGAACUACAUUCUGAAGGAAGGGACCUUGGACGUGCUACUGUGUGGGAACAGCUCGGACGCCGGGACGUGUCCCGAGGGCUCUCGCUGCCUGAAGGCCGGCCAGAACCCCGACCACGGCUACACCAGCUUCGACUCCUUCGCCUGGGCCUUCCUUGCGCUCUUCCGCCUGAUGACGCAGGACUGCUGGGAGCGCCUCUACCAGCAGACGCUGAGGUCUGCAGGAAAGAUCUACAUGAUCUUCUUCAUGCUUGUCAUCUUCCUGGGCUCUUUCUACCUGGUGAACCUCAUCCUGGCCGUGGUCGCCAUGGCCUACGAGGAGCAAAACCAAGCCACCAUCGCAGAGACCGAGGAGAAGGAAAAGCGCUUCCAGGAAGCCAUGGAGAUGCUCAAGAAGGAGCACGAGGCCCUCACCAUCCGGGGUGUGGACACCGUGUCUCGCAGCUCCCUGGAGAUGUCCCCGUUGGCCCCAGUGAUCGCGCACGAGAGAAGGAGCAAGAGGAGAAAACGAAUGUCUUCCGGCACGGAGGAGGGAGGGGAUGACAGGUUCCCCAAGUCCGACUCGGAGGAUGGCCCCAGAGCGCUGAACCGGCUCAGCCUCACCCACGGCCUCAGCAGAACCUCGGUGAAGCCACGCUCCAGCCGCGGGAGCAUCUUCACCUUCCGCCGGCGAGACCUGGGUUCUGAGACCGACUUCGCUGACGAUGAAAACAGCACGGCCGGGGACAGCGAGAGCCACCGCAUGUCCCUGCCAGUGCCCUGGCCCCUGCGCCGGCCCAGCACCCAGGGACAGCCGAGUCCUGGGGCCUCCACUCCCGGCCAUGUCCUCAACGGCAAAAGGAACAGCACCGUGGAUUGCAACGGGGUGGUCUCCUUGCUGGGGGCCGGCGAUGCUGACGCCACCUCCCUGGGGAGCCGCCUCCUCCGCCCUAUGAUGCUGGAGCGUCCCCCAGACACGACAACGCCUUCGGAGGAGCCGGGCAGGCCCCAGAUGCUCACCCCUCAAAUUCCGCUCAUGGACGGCUUCGAGGGGCCAACGGAGCGGCAGCGGGCCCUGAGCGCAGUCAGCGUGCUCACCAGUGCGCUGGAAGAGUUGGAGGAAUCUCACCGCAAAUGUCCGCCUUGUUGGAACCGCUUUGCCCAGCGCUACCUGAUCUGGGAUUGCUGCCCAUUCUGGCUGUCCAUCAAGCAGAAAGUGAAGUUCAUGGUCAUGGACCCAUUUGCCGACCUCACCAUCACCAUGUGCAUCGUGCUCAACACUCUCUUCAUGGCACUCGAGCACUACAACAUGACAACCGAGUUUGAGGAGAUGCUGCAAGUCGGAAAUCUGGUCUUCACCGGCAUCUUCACAGCAGAGAUGACCUUCAAGAUCAUCGCCCUUGACCCCUACUACUACUUCCAGCAGGGCUGGAACAUCUUCGACAGCAUCAUCGUCACGCUGAGCCUCAUGGAGCUGGGCUUGUCCCGCAUGGGCAACCUGUCGGUCCUGCGCUCCUUCCGCCUGCUGCGGGUCUUUAAGCUGGCCAAGUCCUGGCCCACUCUGAACACCCUCAUCAAGAUCAUCGGGAACUCGGUGGGGGCUCUGGGGAACCUGACCCUGGUGCUGGCCAUCAUCGUGUUCAUCUUCGCCGUGGUGGGGAUGCAGCUCUUUGGCAAGAACUACUCGGACCUGAGUUACCGCAUCAGCAGCAACACAGACCUGCCGCCCCGGUGGCACAUGAUCGAUUUCUUCCAUGCUUUUCUCAUCAUCUUCCGCAUCCUCUGCGGCGAGUGGAUAGAGACCAUGUGGGACUGCAUGGAGGUGUCCGGGCAGUCCCUCUGCCUGCUGGUCUUCUUACUGGUUAUGGUCAUCGGCAACCUUGUGGUCCUGAACCUCUUCCUGGCCUUGCUGCUCAGCUCGUUCAGCGCCGACAACCUCACGGCUCCCGACGAGGACGGGGAGAUGAACAACCUCCAGCUGGCCCUGGCCCGCAUCCAGCGGGGCCUGCGCUUUCUCAAGCAGACCACCAGGGACUUCUGCUGCCGGCUCCUGCACCGCAGGCCCCCCAAGCCCGCGGCCCUUGCCCCCCGCGGCCGGCUCCCCAGCUGCAUGGCUGCCGCCGGCUCACCCCCGCCCCCGGAGCCAGAGAAGCCCCCGCCAGCCCGCAAGGAGACGCGUUUCGAGGAAGGAAAGCGGCCAGGCCAGGGCACCCCGGGGGACUCGGAGCCCGUGUGUGUGCCCAUCGCCGUGGCUGAGUCGGACACAGAUGACCAGGAGGAGGACGACGAGAACAGCCUGGGCACGGAGGAGGAGACCAGCAAGCAGCAGGAAUCCCAGCCCGUGUCCGACGGCCCUGAGGCCCUCCCGGAGCCCAGGGCCUGGAGCCAGGCGUCCGAGACGGCCACCUCGGAGGCCGAGGCCUGCGUGGCUCCGGCAGACUGGCAGCAGCGGGCGGCGGAGCCCCCGGCCUCAGGGUGCAGCGAGACGCACGAGGACAGCUUCUCCGAGGGCAGCACGGCGGACAUGACCAACACCGCCGACCUGCUGGAGCAGAUCCCCGACCUGGGCGAGGAUGUGAAGGACCCUGAGGACUGCUUCACUGAAGGCUGUGUCCGGCGCUGUCCCUGCUGCGCCGUGGAUGUCACCCAGUCCCCGGGGAAGGUUUGGUGGCGCAUGCGUAAGACCUGCUACCGUAUCGUGGAGCACAGCUGGUUCGAGACCUUCAUCAUCUUCAUGAUCCUGCUCAGCAGUGGCGCGCUGGCCUUCGAGGACAUCUACCUGGACGAGCGGAAGACCAUCAAGGUCCUGCUGGAGUACGCCGACAAGAUGUUCACCUACAUCUUCGUGCUGGAGAUGCUGCUCAAGUGGGUAGCGUACGGCUUCAAGAAGUACUUCACCAACGCCUGGUGCUGGCUGGACUUCCUCAUCGUGGACGUCUCGCUCAUCAGCCUGGUGGCCAACACGCUGGGCUUCGCCGAGAUGGGCCCCAUCAAGUCUCUGCGGACGCUGCGAGCUCUCCGGCCACUGCGGGCUCUGUCCCGGUUUGAGGGCAUGCGGGUCGUGGUCAAUGCCCUGGUGGGCGCCAUCCCGUCCAUCAUGAACGUCCUCCUCGUCUGCCUCAUCUUCUGGCUCAUCUUCAGCAUCAUGGGUGUGAACCUCUUCGCUGGCAAGUUUGGGCGGUGCAUCAACCAGACCCUAGGCGACCUGCCCUUGAACUACACCUUCGUGAACAACAAGAGUGACUGUGAGUCCUUCAACGUGACCGGCGAGCUCUACUGGACCAAGGUGAAGGUCAACUUCGACAACGUGGGAGCUGGGUACCUGGCGCUCCUGCAGGUGGCCACAUUCAAAGGCUGGAUGGACAUCAUGUAUGCGGCUGUGGACUCCAGAGGGUACGAAGAGCAGCCACAGUGGGAGUACAACCUCUACAUGUACAUCUACUUUGUCGUUUUCAUCAUCUUCGGCUCCUUCUUCACCCUGAACCUUUUCAUCGGUGUCAUCAUCGACAACUUCAACCAACAGAAGAAAAAGUUAGGGGGCCAGGACAUCUUCAUGACAGAGGAGCAGAAGAAGUACUACAACGCCAUGAAGAAGCUGGGCUCCAAGAAGCCCCAGAAGCCCAUCCCGCGGCCCCUGAACAAAUACCAGGGCUUCAUAUUCGACAUUGUGACCAAGCAGGCCUUCGACGUCACCAUCAUGUUCCUCAUCUGCUUGAACAUGGUGACCAUGAUGGUGGAGACGGAUGACCAGAGCCCCGAGAAGGUCAACAUCCUGACCAAGAUCAACCUGCUCUUCGUGGCCAUCUUCACGGGCGAGUGCAUCGUCAAGAUAGCUGCCCUGCGCCACUAUUACUUCACCAACAGCUGGAACAUCUUCGACUUCGUGGUGGUCAUCCUCUCCAUUGUGGGUACCGUGCUCUCGGACAUCAUCCAGAAGUACUUCUUCUCCCCGACCCUCUUCCGCGUCAUCCGCCUGGCCCGCAUCGGCCGCAUCCUCCGGCUGAUCCGCGGGGCCAAGGGCAUCCGCACGCUGCUCUUCGCCCUCAUGAUGUCCCUGCCCGCCCUCUUCAACAUCGGGCUGCUGCUCUUCCUCGUCAUGUUCAUCUACUCCAUCUUCGGCAUGGCCAACUUCGCCUACGUCAAGUGGGAGGCGGGCAUCGACGACAUGUUCAACUUCCAGACCUUCGCCAACAGCAUGCUGUGCCUCUUCCAGAUCACCACGUCGGCGGGCUGGGACGGGCUCCUGAGCCCCAUCCUCAACACGGGGCCCCCGUCCUGCGACCCCAACCUGCCCAACAGCAACGGCUCCCGGGGCAACUGCGGCAGCCCGGCCGUGGGCAUCCUCUUCUUCACCACCUACAUCAUCAUCUCCUUCCUCAUCGUGGUCAACAUGUACAUCGCCAUCAUCCUGGAGAACUUCAGCGUGGCCACGGAGGAGAGCACGGAGCCCCUGAGUGAGGACGACUUCGACAUGUUCUACGAGACCUGGGAGAAGUUCGACCCCGAGGCCACCCAGUUCAUCGAGUACGCGGCCCUGUCCGACUUCGCCGACGCCCUGUCCGAGCCACUGCGCAUCGCCAAGCCCAACCAGAUCAGCCUCAUCAACAUGGACCUGCCCAUGGUCAGCGGGGACCGCAUCCACUGCAUGGACAUCCUCUUCGCCUUCACCAAGCGGGUGCUGGGCGAGUCGGGCGAGAUGGACGCCCUCAAGAUCCAGAUGGAGGAGAAGUUCAUGGCGGCCAACCCGUCCAAGAUCUCCUACGAGCCCAUCACCACCACGCUGCGCCGCAAGCACGAGGAGGUGUCGGCCACGGUCAUCCAGCGGGCCUUCCGCCGCCACCUGCUGCAGCGCUCCGUCAAGCACGCGUCCUUCCUCUACCGCCAGCAGACGGGCAGCAGCGGCCUCUCGGACGAGGACGCCCCCGAGCGGGGGGGCCUCAUCGCCUACAUGAUGAACGAGAACUACUCCCAGCGCCCGAGCCCCCCCUCCAGCUCCUCCAUCUCCUCCACGUCCUUCCCGCCAUCCUACGACAGCGUCACCAGGGCCACCAGCGACAACCUGCCCGUGCGGGUGUCGGACUACAGCCGCAGUGAGGACCUGGCCGACUUCCCCACCUCCCCGGACAGGGACCGCGAGUCUAUUGUGUGAGCCGUGCGCCCCCACCCCUCCCAAGACACCUCAAUGAAAGGCAGCUUGUGAUGUGCUAGCCAACCCGUAUCGGGGACCCCCUGACCCACAUCUUCGGGGUGUGUGUUGGCGGGGGGACGGGUCCUGCCCUGCCUCCAGCUCUCGGGCUAGGACGGGGGCCUCGGCCCCAGGAAAUCGACGAGGCCGAGCUCUGUAACCCCCACCUCCUGGUUGGCCGCCGGAAGCAGUUCCGGGGAGCCUGUCCCCGAGGCCCCUCGAGUUCCAUGGCCUGGUCUGACCAGCUCUUCCGUCCCCGAGAGGGAGGCAGGAACCUUAAAACCGUCUGUGUUGUGAACGGGCUUUCUUAAAUGCAUUAUAUUUGAUAUUUUUUUACUUGAGCAAAGAACAGACGUUUUUUUCCCACGGACACGCCUGCAGGGGUCCCUGCUGCCUUUGCCUUGGUCGGGGCGUGCGUCUGGGGAGCUGCUGGGACUCUGGCCCCCAACGGGGAAAUCCAGUGUGGCUCCCGCAGACCCUCUGUCCAUCCGGACCCAGGGCAGGGCGUGGUCCCCUGUCUGCCUUGGGGGUGGGGGGGCCGUGAGCCUCUCCCUCGCACAUAUGCGUGCACACGUGCUUCACACUCACCGUGGCCACGUGUGGCCUGGGUCACUCGGGGCGGUGUGUGGCAUGUCUGCUGGCCCGCCCCGAGGUGGGGCUCUUGUCUUUCUCUGUCUCUGUCUCUGACCUCCCAUGGUCCCCACGGUCUGGUUUAUCCCUUUGUUCUUUAUGGAGGCCAAACUGGGCUCAGUUCUGCGAGAUGAUUGGAAACGCUCCUGAGAGUGGCCGGAGGGGUGGGGGCAGGGGCCUACUGGCCUCUUUUCGCCCUGGACUGCGUCACCUUCUGGAGGAGUAUCAGCGUUGAAUCUGAGGGAGGGGUCUAAGGGGAACAGCCCCACCCCCCCCCAACCAACCUGCCCCAGGAACCUGCCAGGCCCUGCCCGUGGGCCGGGGGUUGUGGGGAAGGAGCGCCACGGAAUUUGGCCACGGCAGUUUGAAAGAAAGUCUGUGGUCUCGGCCGAGGCUCUUCCUGGACAUCUCUGCCUCGGAGCCGGGGGAGAGGGGCUCCCGUGGGCACCCCUGAUGCCGGGGCUCAGGAGUGAGGCGGACAGCCUGCGGUCCCAGACCGGGGAAGGGCCUCCGAGGGUCAGGCCGGGAAGAGUGUGGCCCCCUCGGGAGGUCGGAGGGGAGCAGGGUGGCUCUGAUCAGCCCCCUCUAGCUCAGCCUGGGCUCCUGGCGGCCCCCACUCACGGGACUUCUGGAACAGGGUCCAGGCUGCUUCACAGGUCUUGUGAGAAAGGCCUUUUCAGGGAAAAAAAAAAAACCCUUUUUUUCUAGUCCAGUGACACCCCCACCCCCCGCCCCCAGGGUCUCUUCAGCUGCUGACAAUCCUGUUUCGCAUAUGCAAAUCUUCUAGAGAACUGUACCCCCCCAGAGAGGGCCCUUGUUGGCUGGUGUGGGCCCCCCGGGGGCUCUGCCACCCAGAUCCAGCUCUCACAGGCCCCCCUGGGCACGCUGGAAGGCCGGACAGUGCUGCUCCUCACCUACCUCGCUGGGGGCUGGACGUUCGUGAGCCCACACAGUGCUGGGGGACCAUCGCGGGCGAGUCAAGUAUUACGUUCCCUCCCACCCCCCCAAGCCCCCUGGGCGGACCCUGCAGCCCGCACCCUGCCCACCCCAACGGCUUUCUCUUCUCCAGUGACCCCUUGGUGUCUGUGUGCCCACGAGCCUUGGGGUAGAAAUCAGAUUUUUGGAGAUGUCUGUGCUUUGUUCUCCAGGCUGGGCGAGGCCGUGGCCCUCCCCAUACCCCGCAUCCCCCCCCCAACUCCCACCCCCACCCCCCGGCAGACGCGCUGGAAGGCAGGUCAAGGCAGCAGCCCUAGAGUCCCCACGAGCGGGCGGGCGUCUGGGGCUGCUGACCACGGGGCCAGGGGCCGGGACUCCUUCGCUUUUAGCGUGGCUCUCAUUUCAUUGUUUCCAGAACUGCAUGACGACCAGCAGGA